AUGUUAAAUGAUAAUAUAAAUGAUGAUCACUCAAAUUUGUUUUCUUACAAAGAACCUGAAAUAAAUGAAGACAUAAAUUUAUUUCAAUCCAAUCAAGUACCAUGGUUUUAUCAUCUUAUACAUAUCUUACAAUUAAAAAAGGAUGAUUUUAUAAAUAUAAAGAAUUUUGUUGAAAAUGAGAAAAGUAGAGGAAAUGAAUAUAAUCAUGUAUUAAAUAUAAUUGAUUAUAAAACAUAUCAAGAUGAAAUUUUAAAAAUUAACAGUAACUCAAAAAAUACCUUAUCAGCUUACUUAUAUUCAUGCAAAUAUUUUUUAAGUCAGUAUUCUAAGAAUAUAGAAUCAAACAAAAACGUUCAUUUCGUUUUUGUAUUUGGGAAUAUAACAGCAGAUUUAGAUUCUGUUUGUUCUUCUAUUAUAUAUAGUUUUUUUUUAUAUAUAUGGUUUUGCUUAAAGAAGAAAGCAGAAAAGAAAAAGAAUAUUGAUGAAAUAAAGUUUUUUAUUCCUGUUAUUAAUAUUAAGAAGAAUGAUAUAAAGCUUAAAAUUUUGAUUACAUGGUGGUUAAGAAAAUCUGAAAUACUUAGCGAUGAAGAUGUUUUUGUUUUUCAAGAUGAUAUACAUUUAUUAGAAGUUUUGAAGCAUAAUAACAAAUAUGAUAUAUGUUUAGUUGACUUUAAUGACUUUGAAGUAAAUAAUAUAUAUAACAUAAAUAAUGUAAAAUCAAUAAUUGAUCACCAUAUGAUUAAAGAAGGAUCAGAAAAUAAAAGAAUAACAAAAUCAAUUUAUCCAAUUUAUAUCUGUAGUUGUAUGGUUAUCAUAGCAUAUUUAUAUAAAAAUUCAAGUGAAUUUCUUGGUAUACCUUUUAUUAAUAAAAAUAUGAUGUGGUUGAUAUAUGGAACUAUAUUAAGAGAUUCUAAUAAUUUCAUAAGAGAAGAUUUUGGUAAACGAUGGAUACAACCUGACUUAAACAUAUUUUUAUCUUUAAAAAAAUUUUAUAAAAUAUCAAAUAAAAUGGAUAUAUAUCUUACCUAUAAAUAUAAAUCUAUAAGAUUUUCUGUUGAUCUAAGAAAAUUUGGAAUAGAAAAUUUACUAUUCUGUGAUUAUAAAGAUUAUAAUUAUCAAGUCUCACAAAAAAAAAUAAAAAUAAGGAUUGCAUCUAUAGAUUUUAGUGUAGAUUUAUUAUUUUCUAAUGAAAAUGUGAAUCGUUUAAUUAAAGAAUUAUAUGAAUUAUGCGAAGAAAAUAACUUUUCUAUUUUCAUUUUUAUUGGAUCAUAUUUCAAUCAUUACAAGUUAAAUAAAGAUAUGGGUUUAUUUUUUUACAAAAAUGAUGUAAAUAAAGAUGAUUUAUUGGACACCUUGUUAACUAAUAAAGACAUAAAACUUUCCAACAAAAGUUUUAAAAAUAUAACGUAUAACAAUAAUUCCAAAACUGUUGAUAUUUUUCAAAUUAAUAAUCAAAAUUACUCAAGAAAAAAGUUAGAAUAUCUGUUAUAUGAAUUUUUUUUUUAA